AUGCUGUCGCGGAAGAAGACGCGCACGGAGCUCUCGAAGCCGGGCGAGGUGCAGGGCAAGUACGUGAAGAAGGAGACGAGCCCGCUACUGCGCAAUCUGAUGCCUUCGUUUAUCCGCCACGGUCCAACCAUUCCAAGAAGAACUGAUAUCUGUCCUCCUGACUCCAGUUCUUCUGCCUAUGCUUCUGGUGGAGAUGGGAUUGUUUCCAGAAACCAGAGUUUCCUCAGAACUCCAGUCCAGAGGCCACCGCAUGAAAUAAUGAGACGUGAAAGCAACAGGCUGUCUGCACCUUCCUAUCUUGCCAGAAGUUUAGCUGAUGUCCCUCGGGAAUAUGGCUCCUCUUCCCAGUCUUUUUUAGCAGAAGCUAAUUCUGCUAUGGAAAAUGGAGACGCUGGUGCCCGUUGCUAUUACUAUGAUCAUUUUUAUGAUGCCCAGAGGAGGCGUCAGUUGAAUGAUCGUGUGCAUGAGGACUACAGGUAUUAUGAACACAACAGUGAUCUUUUCCAGAGGAUGUCACAGAAUCAUGGGAGGCACACUUCGGGCAUUGGGAGAGUUGCUGCUACUUCUCUAGGAAAUUUAACAAAUCAUAAUUCGGAAGAUUUACCUCUUCCUCCUGGCUGGUCAGUGGACUGGACUAUUAGAGGAAGGAAAUACUACAUAGAUCACAACACUAACACAACUCACUGGAGCCAUCCCCUGGAGCGCGAGGGGCUGCCCCCAGGGUGGGAGAGAGUCGAGUCUGCAGAAUUUGGAGUGUAUUAUGUGGAUCACAUCAAUAAAAGAGCUCAGUACAAACAUCCUUGUGCUCCCAGUGUCCCCCGUUACGACCAGCCUCCCCCAGUGACCUACCAGCCCCAGCAAGCUGAGAGGAGCCAACCCCUCCUUGUGCCUGCCAAUCCCUACCACACUGCCGAGAUCCCGGACUGGCUGCAGGUCUAUGCCAGGGCUCCUGUAAAGUACGACCACAUCCUGAAGUGGGAGCUGUUCCAGCUGGCCGACCUGGACACGUACCAGGGGAUGCUGAAGCUGCUCUUCAUGAAGGAGCUGGAGCGCAUCGUGAAGCUCUACGAGGCCUUCAGGCAGGCGCUGCUGUCCGAGCUGGAGAGCCGCAAGCAGCGGCAGCAGUGGUACGCGCAGCAGCACAGCAAGAACCUCUGAGGCUCCUUCCCGGGAACGCCGCCGGGUUCCCAAGGUUUUCCCAACUCGGAACAAGCGCUUGCGUUGAAGAGGCAGCUUAUUUUCGUUGACGUUGCACCUUCGUUGUUAUCCUCUUGAAUAUUUUUCUACAUGUAUUAUGUAUUGUUUAUAAAAAUGAAAAAUGUUUGUUGCUUUUUUUUUUCUCCAUACAAAAAUCUAGUUUAUUCUGAAAGCCAGUGUGG